AGCUGUUAGUUCGGGAAGCGUGAGCCCUACUGGCACCGAAAGCCGACAGUGAUGGCUCACUUCUCCGUGGAGGACGAGGCAGUGCUGCAGGCGAUGCUGAGGCAGUUGUUCCAGAGCGUGAAGGAGAAAAUCACGGGUGCUCCCUCCCUAGAGUGUGCCGAGGAGAUUCUCUUACAUCUGGAGGAAACUGAUGAAAAUUUUCACAACUAUGAAUUUGUGAAAUACCUUAGACAGCAUAUAUGCAACACUUUGGGGUCUAUGAUUGAAGAAGAAAUGGAAAAAUGGACAUCUGAUCCAAAUCAGGGUGAGGAAUCUGGCUAUGAUACAGUGGUACAGCAUGUUACUAAAAGAACCCAGGAAUCUAAAGAGUAA